GCCGGAAGGAGGGCUGUGAGGACGUGUUCGGAGGAACCCGGAGCCGGACCCUGCAGGGCCGGCGACAUGGAACAGCUGUACCAGCAAACGAACAAGCAGGUCCACCAGAUCCAGUCUCACAUGGGACGCCUGGAGUCAGCAGACAAGCAGUCUGUGCACUUAGUAGAAAACGAAAUCCAAGCAAGCAUAGACCAGAUAUUCAGCCAUCUAGAACGUCUGGAGAUUUUGUCCAGCAAGGAGCCCCCUAACAAAAGACAGAAUGCCAAACUUCGUGUUGACCAGUUAAAAUAUGAUGUCCAGCAUCUGCAGACUGCUCUCAGAAACUUCCAGCAUCGGCGAUACGCAAGAGAGCAGCAGGAGAGGCAGAGAGAGGAGCUUCUGUCUCGCACCUUCACUACCAACGACUCUGACACCACCAUACCAAUGGAUGAAUCACUGCAGUUUAACUCCUCCCUCCAGAAAAUUCACCACGGCAUGGAUGACCUCAUUGGAGGCGGGCACAGUAUUCUGGAGGGACUGAGGGCCCAGAGAAUGAUCUUGAAGGGGACUCAGAAGAGGAUCCUUGACAUUGCCAAUAUGCUGGGCUUGUCCAACACAGUGAUGCGGCUCAUCGAGAAGCGGGCUUUCCAGGACAAGUACCUGAUGAUCGGUGGGAUGCUGCUCACCUGUGUGGUCAUGUUCCUCGUGGUGCAGUACUUGACAUGACUCAGCUAAGCCCAGCAGCCGGACAGCGUUCCCACUGCAUGAGUGUGUGCGUGUGCGUGAGAGAGACUGGGGGGCCCAGAGGCCACGUUUUGAAGUGUAUGUUCAUCUUAACUGUGAAAACCACUCAGAAGUAAUUGUGAUCUGUAACCUAGUGAGAGUGUCAAGCCUGCUCUGUUUUCUGUGGCAUCUUGGAGGGGAAGCUAGUGCUACCAAGUUUGUGGUGCAUAGAAAAUGAACGAAGUACCUAUUCUCUCUCACUCUUACUCUCACUAGGAGAGGAAGUAAUUUAAGGGUAAGGGAUGAAGAAGGAAGGGAGGAGAAUGGUUUUGGUGGUUUUGUCCAAAGGGCUGGUGCGUGCCCCAGGAAGGCUUUCACGGUGACCCUUGUGGACAGGACUGUCUGCACUUUGUCAUCAUCCAGCCUCUCUGGCUCCUGAUGGAUAGGCUGGAGCAGCAAUGAAGAGGAGGAGGGGAAAUAAGUCUUCUUUUCCUGCACCCAUUCUAGUAAAUGGACUACAUGAUCUUGCUACUAGCCACCCAACCCGUAAAAUGACAAGCAGAUGACUGACUGCCCAUACUUGUCACCCUUCCCCAGAAGCAGCUACUUAGAGGAAACAGGCAUUGAUGUUGCUGUUGACGAGUAAGAGUUUCCACAUUACAGCUGUUGGGUGUUUCUCCUUUCUAAAGUGAGGCCACUGUUACUUUCUGGGUGUGUUCAGUCCUGAGACUAGAGACCCUAGUUAUGGAAUUUUUUUUUUUUUUUGUAGUUAAUAGAAUGGUUGGCUUUUAAGGUUCUAAGACUGUAGCCUGGCACCCAUGCCCAGGCUUUGUUGGGCAUUUGCCUCUUAGAAAGCUGCAAGCAAAGGAAAGUGAUCUGUCAAUUAUAGUCUCAUUUCUAGUUUUAGCAUCUCCGAUUCUUUGGCUUUCUUCCCUUCCCUUGAAGUACAUUAGCAGCUGCCAGCCAAGCCCCGAUUCUGCCCAGUCACUGUGGGCAGAUGCCACCCUAAAACUGUCUGUGGUGUCCUUGUGAGACUCUCUUUCUAGGGACCAGGACCUUUUUCCUUCUCUGACCAACCCUGGAUUAAGACUGUACAGUAUCUGGUGUAUUAUGGAAUUUAUUGUAAAGCUAGCCUCUCUAUUUUGAUUACUUGCUGAAAGUACUGGAAAGACCUAGUUAACAUUUUUUUAUUGAACACGGGCCUUUCUAGCUCUGUGCUCGGUAGCUUUAUGGCAAGACAUAAAAUAGCACUCACAAUGUCCCAGGAAACUGGAAACCUGGCCAGUGUUACCCUACCUUUGUCUUGCUCUACCAACAGUCAUCAUUUCUUGUUACUUGGACUAUCUUAUGUCUUCUUUCCCUUUUCUGUGUGUUCCAUUCCACCUCGCUCAUUCCCCUCCCACCUGUAGCAGUAUUAGUAUUUUCAGCUACAUCUGUGACACAGAUCCUCUUUUGGUAAAUGUUUCUUAAUACCCAUGGAUUUCUUGGGUAGUGAUACCACACUUUUGGUGGAAUCUCUGUUGCUCUGGGCCCUGGGUUUCCAAAGAAAGGGGAAUCCUAAAAGGAUUGGAGGUCCUGAAAGAAUGAAAAUGGCGUCCUGGAGAGCGGAGAGAGGGGGUGAGGCAUCUUCAGGCCUAGAUCUAAUUUUGGGGAGGUACAGUUUGAAAUUUCCCUCACACCCAGCACCCCUGCCAUCCUGGGGACCUACCAUAGGGCUCUUAGCCAUUUAUAAAAUGGGUUUUUAAACUGCACAAACCUGGCUGUUCUAUUCCCUUGAAGAUCUUCCCAGACUGUGUACUUUGGAGGAAGGUGUACAAGGAGCAGCUUCCAUGUGGACUUGAACUCUGGAAAACCAAAAGUCCCCCCCCCACUCUCUCCUCCAUUGUCUGAGGUGACAUCCAUUUAUUUGUAGUCACCCCACUAUGUUCCACACUUUGUAGUGAUUAUUGGCCUUGAUGAACCAGGAGUAAGGCCUUCCCCCACCCUCAGAGCCACUCUACCUGCCUUUGUAAUAAAAAUUGUGGAGGUAUUUUGUGGGUCUUGGCCAUCUUGGGCUAGGAAACAGCCACAGUGCAUCUGUGAGAGAAACAUCUUAGCCUAACCCUGCUGUCUCCAUAGUCCCAAGUAUAGGAAAGGGUCCUAGGCCAGGGAAGGAGCGCCUCCUAGUGGACCCGGGGUGAAUUAUCAGGUUGAGCUGGUGCAAGAAUCUGUUGACAGCCUCUGACCUUGUGCAGGCUGUUGGUACAGGUUUGUCUCUGGAGGUUUGAGACAGGUGGAUUCUCAAGGAACUUGGGAAUAUCUUCUUUCUGUGAAAUUUACUUGUAUGACCACCUUAAGAAACACCAAACUCAAAGACCAAGUAAGUAGGAGAGUCUUGAUUUUUAUAGGCUUUAUUGCUCGGUUUUUUCCUAAGUCCUUUGCCCUAAUGACUUAAAUGGGUUUGAUUCGCAAAUUUGGACUUGAACCCAUUGUUUUCCAAACACAUCGGCUAAAUAAAGUUGAGAUUUAUUUUA